AUCACUCUUGGAAAAUGGCUAAAUGAAAAUUCGACUAAGUUUCAUCUAAAUAAAAUUCAGAAAAGCCAGGAUGUCUCUGUGCUGAAAUGUCUAGUCUAAUGACAGGUAGACCCGGGACAUUUAGGAAAGCUGUGUAAAUCUUUGGGAUCAGUCGACAACGAAAACAUAAUGAAUUUUCCUAAGGAGUGUAAAGAUUUUAACUAUGAAGCCAUGGAAGAUGAGCUGACAUGUCCAGUGUGUUUAGAGCUUUAUGCUGAUCCCCUGAUGCUCCCUUGUUCCCAUAGCGUUUGUAAAAGCUGCCUUACGGAUAUAUUCAACAGCAAAGAAGACAAGACAAAGGGGUUGCAGUGUCCAGCAUGUAGAAAACAACACAGGGUUACAAAGGGAACCAUACCUCAAUUACCCAGAAAUCUUGCCCUUGAGAACAUAGUCAUACGCUACACUGAGGAAAUCUCCAAACAUAUCUCAAAAACGCUCAACAAAUCGCUCAGUUUUAAAUCGGAGUCUCCUCCCUCCAAAUCUGAAUCUCCAGAACCAAGGGACACAGAUAAGGCCACGGGAGGACCCUCCCAUUCCCACGAAGGAUUUCCGAGUGCUCAAAAUUCUAAACGCAAAUGUGACUUAUGUGAGAGUAGUAAUCAAGCUAAGGCAACGCAAUAUUGUUGCCAGUGUGACGUGAACUAUUGUAACCCAUGCUUGAAUAAGUAUCAUCCGCGACGCGGGGCAUUAUUGCGUCACAAACUCCGUGCCCCGUUUGAUGUGGAGAAAAAUCAGAAUGUUGAAUAUUGUGAAGACCACACCACUGAGCAUGCGAGUAUUUACUGCGAUCACUGUAAGCUACUUAUCUGCCAUCUAUGUGUGUGUGAUGGAGACGGGAAACACGGAGGGCAUAAGAUUUUGAAGCCUGAAAAUGCAUCAAGGAAAAUGAAGGAGUCUAUUGAGGGUACGAAACUGAAGCUUGAGAAUCUGCUAACAGCUCUGAGUGAUCAAUGCAGUAAGGCUGAAGACAUACAGGCUGAAAUGAAGGCCACACAUAUCAAUGCAAGAACUAAAAUCGAGGCUCAAUGCAAACAAAUCAUCCAAGACAAUGUCUCAGCACUAACAUUAGAACGGGACAAACUACUUCAUAAUUUGAGUGCAAUGGAAACACAGCACCUUAAACAGAUACACGUUUAUAUAAAGGACAACCAAGAGGUUAAACAGAAGCUACAGACUCUUGCCGAAUCUUGCCAAACUCUACUUGAUGAAAAGAGUACUAUUGCUAGUUUACAAAAUGCCCACCAGAUGGACCCACUGAUGAAAAAUGUUGUGACGACAGCUGAAAGUUCUAAGGAUGUUGCAGCACAGUACCAAAGUCUACUAAGGGCCAAACAGAACAGUUUAGAGUUGAAGCAUUGCCUAGAUGACUUCAGGACCAUUGCUAAAGAUACACUGAAUUAUCUACUAGAAGACACUGACAGUCAGUGCCCUGUUAUUGUCCCCUGUGUCAACUCCCCCUCUACCAGUGGCAAAACACCCGUUUCCCCACGUUUCCAGAGCAAAUGCCUUACAACCUGGGGGUUCACAUCCACAACAUUUACGGCUGAUCCAGUCCAAGAUGACGCAAGUUGGACAAUCGCAGUAGAACGUAACAAUACCCAAAUCGGUGAUUUUGGCCACGGGUAUUUAUUCGGUGUCGGGAUUACAUCGGAAGAGUUAACAGUGAAGGAUCAAGUCGGAGUUGCCACUAAGUCAUAUGGGAUACUCUGCCUAGGGGGUAUGCUAAUCGUUAGCAGUAAUGGCAAACAUGAGUCUGUUAUGGCACUACCUCAGCUGCCAUUGAACAUUACAUUAACUGUCCUACACAACCAGCCAAAACACGACCAUAUAACUAUGUCAUACAGAGUGUCCAGUCAGGAGUGGGGCAAUGAAGUAUCUGGACGUAAGAUAAUUCACAGCCCUGAAUUAUGCGCUAAAACAAUACCUGCUUUCACAGUUAGUCAGAGAGUCAAGAUGCUCUUCCCUUAUAUCUUCUCAGAGGAUACUCCCACUGAGGAUGUUAAUGAUCGAGCAUCCUCCCCCGAAAUUGAACCAACAAAAGAUAAAACAACCAUAGAAUCUCCUCUCAAGGUGCCAUCUCCCCUUAAAUCUCCCACCAAACAGAGUCAGUCUCCUCUCAAACAGGGACAGUCUCCCCUUAAAUCUUCCCUCAAAGGUGAGCAGUCUCCCCUUAAAUCUCCCCUCAAAGAUGAGAAGUCUCCCCUUAAAUCUCAACAAAACUGCUUGGCUCAACUUCCAAUUAAAUCUGACAUGAAGAAAACUGUCAUCCCCUCAAGCAAUAAACUCCAGAAAAAGACAGAGCCCCCUUCGAAGUUGCCUUGCAACUCAUCUCAAAAUGAAGUCAAAGUAAGUGAGAAUGUCAUCAAUAAUGUUUCAAAAUCAAAUACCACAGUGAAAACACUCCCUUGCCAAAUCCCAGCAGAAUCUGCACCACAAAAUAAAGAUGGUGACAAGAGCUCUUCAAAUAAUAUUAAGAGCUCUUCAAAUCCUCCACAAACCCCUCCAAGUGUAAAAUCAAGUUCUCCCAAAGCUGAAAUACCCGAGCUUCACAUUGUGGAAGAAACUGAUAUCGAUGAACUGGUAGAAGCCAAUGGUGAUAAAACACCCGAAAAGGCAAUAGCACCAACAUCAAUUGAUAACUACACUAUUGUUGUGGAUGGCAAUGAUUCAAGUGAUGCAGAUGAUGAUGAUUCAAGUGAUGAUAAUAACUUAACUCUUCCUGAGAUUCCACACAUACAGGCUUUACAAGAAAGUGCACUGUGAACAUAAUCUAUCCUCUAAGGUCCCUAUUACUGUUUAUA